CGCGGCGCAAAUGCGUCACCCGCGGUGGCCGCGGGAAGGCGCCCGGCGCGCCCCCAGCAUGGCGGCGGUGCGGGCGCUGCGGGCGGCGGCGCGGCGGAGCCCGGGGCUCGGCCCCGCGGGGCUCAGGGCGCUCUGGGGCCGCAGCAGGAAGGAGGGAAGAGAAGUGGAAGCAGACGGAGCAGUUCCUGAGAAGGAGAAGGAGGAGAGGAGCGAGGCCAGCCUGAUCCGCCCCCCGCCUCGCCGCCGGAGCUACGUGCCGCCCCAGGACCUGCAGAGCUGCCUCGAGUCCCACGUCAGGGAGGUCUUCGGGCCCGCUGUUCCCGAGGACUGGCAGCAGGCUCCCCUGCAGGAGACCAGGCUGAAGCAUCGCCUGCUGGCCCGGCUGGCGGCAGAGCUGGGACACGCCGUGCCCAACUCGCAGCUGCACCGCAUGCGCCGCGCCGGGGACGUGCUGGGCUUCUAUCGCAGCCCCGUCAAGGACGGCACCGAGAUCGAUGAACUCGUGGCCGCAGAGCUGCCCCCGAACCUGAAAAUCAUCUGGCAGCAGUGAGUCCCCCCACAGAGCAUCCCUGUGCCUGGCUGGUGCUGCAGGACAGCAGCACGGCCCUCUGGCUGGGGUGAGCUGUGAAUUUCAGUAAUAAAGGUUCACUGAAAUCACUCAGUAAUGGUGAAGUCUCCAACUUCAGCCCUAUAAAAACACUGCUGUCGAGGCAUCUUGUUGAAUUCUCCAGUGUCUGUUAAGGGUCCAGUUUUUUAAGUCUUUGAGUGUUAGUUUUUCUUCCCAUCUAACUGAUUAUGCUGGUCUGAUUUUAAUCAGAGGAGGGAAGCAGUGAAGUCAGGAGGACAAGAAAAUAAAUUCUGAGAAAUGCAUAGUACUUUAUGAGUGUUUUUUGUAAAACAAGUUGUUUCCAGUGAGGUUGAGAGUCUGUGUGAUCUUUCUGGGAAUAAUCCAGAAAUACCUGGUUAUACCACUCCAAGCCUUGAACCCUUGCUCCUCUGUUUUUUUUCAGUGUGCAUAUGUAUGAAGCACACUCAGGCACUGCUGCUUCUGUGUGUUACAGUGCUCAGUUUCUCAACUGAGCAAAUUUCUCAAGUGCUGCUUCUCAAAAGCUCUGAAGAAAUUUAAGAAAUGCUUUCUUUUCUUCUUUUGGCUCUUGGAGAAUUACAGAAUACUGUAAGUAUAAACUUUCAUGUUCCACUACGGGGUGAACUGGGGUGAGUGCACUGAGAAUGUUUCACUGAUCAUCAUGAAUGUUCACAAAUCCCUCCCCUGUAGCUUAUGAGAAACCACAGUGUGACAAAUAAGUAACUGUCAUCUUGUUGGCUUCAGAGGCUCUUUGGGAGCAGUGAAUUGGAAGUUACUUGCUUCCUGUUUUGUGGUGUCUGAGUUGAGUGAAAUUGCUGUUUCCCUGAUCUCAGACAUACCAGUCCCUUGGAGGUGCAGACCUCAUGCUUCCAUCAGCAGAGAAAGCUGCAAGGCCUGGAGUACAAGGGAAGAGGAUCACACAUGGCUUUUGAGAUGCAAAACAUUUAACUGCUUGUAACAAGCUGAAGAAGCAGAAAUCUGAAAUGACAGCAAAGUCACAGCACCUGUGCCAUGGGAGAGCAAGAUUUCUAGACGAUUAAUUACUUUAUCCCUGAUGAAGUCUGUCACUUUUAAAAGUUUGUCACUUCAGUUGAAUUGAAUUAUAAAUAAAUAAAUAUAAGCCCUACUCACGCAUCUUUCUUUGUUUUAAGCCAGAGCAGUUGUGAAGAUCAGAAGAAAGUGUGAAAAAGCCAGCUUGGGAGGGUAUUUCUUGAUAAAAUGACUCAGAACAGAUUUUUCCCUUUGGAAUUUUGAUUACAGCUGCAGUGAGGAGCCCAGAACACUUAGAAAAGGCUCCUCAUGGCCACAGGCAGCGUGGCCCAAGUCUGAUCCUUAUAUUCCUAAGCCAGAAGCAGACAUCAGUAGAGUCAGAAGAAGGAGGAACACAGACGUUCCAGGGUUUUUUUUGUGUCAUAGGUAAAUGAAAGACUGGCUCACGUGUUUGCUUUUUUAAUAAUUUUUUUUUGCUUCUGUUUUGGAAAAAAUAUUAAAAAAAAAAGCCAAGAAGAACCAACAUGGAAAUGUGAGGUAAACAUUCCAGUAAAAGUACAGAGGCUCCAUUCUUUAAAGGAGACACACAGCAGUUAUCACCAUGCUAGAAGAAUGAGAUGCAGGAAAAUCCUAGAAACAGUGAAAAAUCAUUUAAUGAAGCCUUUGCCCUAAUUCUAACCAUUGUAAAUGGGCUUUUUUUAAUUGUUGUUCUUCUUCCCUUCCCCAACCCACAUUUAGUUAUCUUUAUAAUGCUAAGACGAAGUUGUUAAAUUGUAAUAUAGCAGUUUUGAUAUAAAUUCUGUAUGGCAGAAUUUACAAAAAAAAUGCAGACUGCUACUACAGACUCAGCUUCUUUCUGUCUUUCUUUCUGCUUUUAUGUCUUUUUCUUUCUUUCUGUCUUUCUCCCUGUCUUUUCUUGUCUUUGUCUUUUUUUUUCCUGUCUUUUCAAAGCCCCUCAGGAAAAAAAAAAAUACUUGGGUCAGCAAAACUGGCUUCUUGGCUGUGCCAGUUUGAAAGCCAAGGAAUGCCACCCUGGUGAAGGAGUGGUGCUACAUUUCCUUUGCACCAGUGUCACUAGUUACCCCACAAAUCUAUGAUGAAAGGAUGAAACACUUAAAG